ACGCAGCCUGUCCAAAGUGCGCUGGGGUUUAGGAGGCGCGGGGCCACCCUGCCCGAGCCGGCGGGCGCUGUGUCCCGCCCGGCGAGUUGGCAGUUGGCGACCCCCCUCGACUCCCCCGCCGCCGCGGGCUCCCCGUGGCCUUCGGAGGCUCGGCGAGUCGCUCCAAAUGUUUGCCAUAUUUGUUCAGCCUCCGUAACUCGCCGAGCAGGGCCAGCGCGGCCCGCCCCGCGCCGCCCUCGCCGUCGCCCCCGCAGCCGCCAUGGGCAGGGAGCGGCCGGGCCGCGGCGCGCGGAGCCAGGGGGGAGCGCCGGCCGCCGACGCCGCGGGGCCCGAGGACAUGGGGCCGAAGAGGGGCGCGGGGGCCCCCAAGGAGUGCGGGGAGGAGGAGGCCCGGACGUGCUGCGGCUGCCGGUUCCCGCUGCUGCUCGCGCUGCUGCAGCUGGCGCUGGGCGUCGCCGUGACCGUGGUGGGCUUUCUCAUGGCCGGCAUCAGCUCCUCCCUGCUAGUCAGAGACACUCCAUUUUGGGCUGGGAUCAUUGUCUGCUUAGUGGCCUAUCUUGGUUUGUUUAUGCUUUGUGUCUCCUAUCAAGUUGACGAACGGACAUGUAUCCAGUUUGCCAUGAAACUCUCGUACUUCCUGCUGAGCGCCCUUGGCCUGACGGUCUGUGUGCUGGCCGUGGCGUUCGCCGCUCACCACUAUGCACAGCUCACACAGUUUACCUGUGGAACCACGCUCGACGCCUGCCAGUGCAAACUGCCCUCGUCCGAGCCCCUCAGCAGGACCUUUGUGUACCGGGAUGUGACUGACUGUACCAGCAUCACUGGCACUUUCAAACUGUUCUUACUCAUCCAGAUGAUUCUGAACUUGGUCUGCGGCCUUGUGUGCUUGUUGGCCUGCUUUGUGAUGUGGAAACACAGGUACCAGGUCUUUUACGUGGGUGUCAGGAUGUGUUCCCUGACAACUUCCGAAGGUCAGCAGCCAAAGGUCUGACAUUCUUGCUCUCAGGUGGGAGAGAAAACAGCACCCUGACUAGCUGAGCUUUUUUAAAAAAGGAAAAAAAGGGAAAGAAAAUGAAGAAAAAAUGAAAUUUGACCAUAACUAAUAUUCACUGUUCUAAAUGAAUAUUUUUAUAUUUUUCAGGAAAUGAAAGAGCAUUUCUUCAGGUUUCCAUAGUAUUUUUUUUUUUAAUUCUUAAGAUCUAAACUGACUUUGGGAUAUUAAAACAACACGGUACAGGGAAAGAAUGGUAUAGCUCUAUCUUUAAAGUCUGGAGUCUAUUCCUAAUACUCAUUUUAUCUAUUACUGAUAUAAUCUUCUUUCCUGUUAGUCCAGUUUGAUUUGGACAGUUUCAGACCCACUUGCUAAAUUUUGUAGGAUCUUCCUUCAGGCCUUUCCCCCCUCCCGCCGUGAUCCUCAGUACGACUCAGAAAAAGGCAGGGGGCAGGAGGAGGGGGAAAGCUGAACAGCCAGCGUGUCUUUCUCUAUUUUCCCUGGUAGAGAUGUCUUCAAGGCAUGAAACAGCUUAAAAGAGCAGAGUAGAAAAGGAAGAGACUUUGCAAAAGGCUAAAUAAUUACAAACACCUGGGUUGGGGCCCCUGGCCUUUUUCCUCUGCUCCCUUAUUUUGGAUCUGUAAAUAGAUCACUUAGUGAAUGCUUUGGGUGAUUGUCUGCUUCUCAGUAAUUGAAAGCUGGUGGUAGUUGUAUUCUUAAUGAUAUAGAAGGUUUAAAAAUAAUUACAUUAUGCUUCUAUUCUGUCACCUAAAACAAAUCAUUAAAACUAAUUUCUAGCUAAUUGUUAAUUAUAAUUAUGCUCAGAAGUCUAUUUAAUGAGCCCUGGCUGUACUUACGUGGCACUGUCGGUAUUUGGAGAAAUUACUCUCACAAGAGAGAAGGCUUAAAGAUUCUUUCUUCUGAAAGCCAAGCUUUACAAGGGAGAAAAAAAAAAUUUUUUUUUAUUAAUAGCUCAGGUUAAAAAUACUCAUUUAAAUGAAAACAAGAGCAUUUGUAAUGGGAAAUGUUUAUACAAAUAGCACAUUUGUGAUAUGUUGUAAAGUAUCUCUCUUGGCAGCUAAGUACUUUUGACGAAGAUUGAGUAAUGCUGAAGUGUCCCAUUCAUGAAAUUAUAUUUGAUAUGUAAUCUUAUUAUUGAUUUGUAUGCACAGUCAACUAGAGCCUUAAACUAAUGUUUUCUGAGGUCCUUAUUUGAACAUUUGGCCGUUGACUUGGAGGGUAGUUUUUGGUUUUGUUUUGAAGUGACUGCAACUUAAAAGAGCACAGCUACCCUAUGGUGGGAGACUUUUCUCUCUAGUUAUUGUUAUCAUUGAAUUUGGAACAAUAUCAAUGUUUUAAGGAAGGAGCUCAGAAUGCAAAUUCAUGUAGCAUAAAUGUUACCAAAAACUUUCUCUAUUAGUAUGUUCUGUUGAAAGCAGAAAUUCAAGAUAAUUGAGCUUAAUUUGCUUCUCCACAUUGCCUAUUGAUAUAUUUUACUAAUCAUUAAAUCCUACUCUAAAAAAAUCAUUUCCUUGUUUGCCUUAAGAGGUAUAUGAAUAAUUCCAUCGAUUGUGACAAUAGUGUCGAUUAUUACAUGAUAUGAAUAUCCAAAUAAAAAGGGAAAUGUUAAGUUAGUUGGAGAAUUGUAAAUAUAUUUUAUGCCCUCCAGAUAAAACACCUGAUUAACAGAUGUUAAAACCUUUUUAUGUAUUGACUUGCUUUAAAAAUGGCCUUUCUACACACUAGCUCAGGCCAAAAAUGCACAUCGGGGGCUUAAUGGAUGUCUCUGGAGCAGAGGUUUGAUACACAAAAAUUACAUCAACACACACCAAGCCUCCUGAUGAUGACCUCAAAAAAUACUUUGUACCCUGUUAAAAAAAUUCCAAUAACUGAAUCCAUUUUGAUUUUGACAGUUUCCUACAAAAGAAAAUGACUGAUAAUCUGUGGGCUCUUUUUUAAAGAGUGAGAAACCAGUGCUUUAAUGCUAAUGACUAUGAAUAAGGCAUCAUUGGAAUCACAUCCUGAAUACCUUAAACAAUUUUUUAUAGCAAACACUACAAAUUUUUCUAUCAGAAAAUUAAAUUCUACACAACACUAAGGUGCUCUAUGCUUUACAAACGAUUCACAGGGUAUUUCAAAUGGUAGAAUAACUCUGGCUUAUGUGCUUCCUUUUUCUAAAUAAUGCAACCAGUAAGAACUGACAUGGUGAUAAGCUUGGUAAUAAUCAGGAUAUAUAUAUAUAUAUAUAUAUAUAUAUACACACACACACACACACACACAUAUAUAUAAUGUGUAUAUAUAUAAUGUGUGUAUAUAUAUACACAUUAUAUAUAUAUAUAUAUAUAUAUAUAAAAUAUAUAUAAUGGGGAUUUUGCUAUUGGUGCUUGAAUCAUUCUUAAAUCCCUAAAGAGAGAAAAAAUUCAUAAGUGAAAGAGAAACAAAAAAUAAAAUGAAAAAAUUAAAAAGGAAAGAAAGAAAAUAUUUCUGUGCUGCAAACUCACUGUGUAUUGAUACAUGUGAGAAUUGUGUUGCAUGAAUAACAAACUGCUUUGGGCUGGAUUUGAAGUAUUUUGAGGUUGUGUUUUGCAAAUAUUGAAGUUACAGUAAUGGCAACAGAAAAGGAACAGAUACCGAGCUUUACACUUAGCAAAAUGUUACAUUUAAAAUCUGACAAGGUGCCAAGAUGGUGACUGUCUCUUCUAAACCAUAAAACAGUAAGAUUUGCACAAUCCUCCUUCUCUUCCACCUCCUUUAGGAGAAUUAAAUGAAUCAAGACUUUGGAAAGAAGGCGAACAGCCGGGACUUGGCAGCACUUGAAAUAGGAGGAAUACAGCAGCCUAAAUGUGCAGACUUUGUAACUGAGCCCACCCAAUCGGUCUGUGCCUUCACGUGACCACCAUCUGUGCCUCCCUCGCUCCAUCCCUGGAGCCAUUCCUAAAAAUACAGCUACACCAGGCCCUAGAAACUGUAGUCAAGUAACAGGCCUAACUUUUUUCCUUCCUUGAGUUAAAUCUCGAUAAGAUCUCUUUUGAGGGGCUUUCAGCUGCAGACAUCAGUGUGUUCUGACAGCGAGAACCCGUUAUGUGUUUUCUAUUUGUAUCCAGGACAUUAGAAUCUGUUCAUAUUCUCAUACUUCCUCUCUUGCAUGCAGUAUAUCUGCAAUAUGUUUAUAGAUUUGUUUAGUAAAGGGUGGGGUAGAGGGUAUCCGAGGGAGAUUCCAGGGGACAGCGGUGGAUCGGUUAAUGAUGGUCAGAAAUGAACUGAAAAGUUGCCCUGAAAAACUAAUUGCAUCCUAUCAUGAAGCAUACCUUUACAUUUUCUAGUGAUUGUCGCUGAACCAUUGCUGUGCAGCCAUACACACAGCCUGUGAAUCAGGCUGGCCCUCAGUUCUUACUGUACUCAAAGAACUUGAUCAUGUUUUUAGAUGUACGCUGUGUUUUCAGGGUAGUGUUACAAAGAGCCGAUGGCCACAUAUAUUGACUCACAGUGGAAACAUUCAUUUGGAUAAAGGUUCAGUGGUUCAGCCUGUGAAAUGAAUACCUUGAUUGGUUUCUUCUAAUUUUCUAGUAUUUCAUUAUCUCAAACAAUUAUCCCCUUCAAAAAUAUUGGUCUGUACUUUGGUGUUGCAGUUUUGUUCUUCUGGCAUUGAGGGUAUAAUGAGUAGAAAACAAAGUGUUUCCUACAUGUUUAAGGCGGUUGUUUUUAAGGGGGUGUGUAUACUGAAGAUUUUCUUUGUUAAUAAAAUUUUCAUAAUCUCUGAAAA